AUGGAUAAUACUUUCGGUCAUAGUGGCUCAUUCUGUGAGAACAAUAUGUGUAUAGCAGGUGAAUCUCAAGUAUUUGAAAGUAAAAUAGAUUUGUUAAAUAUUAUUGAAGAAGUAGAAAUUGUGACUAGUGAAACUGAAUUCAGUAAUACAGAAACUCUGGAAGAAAGAAACAUUUUAACGAAACAAGUUGAUAUGAACUUUGAUACUGGUAUCAAAACACAGCAUCCAUUUAAUGUGCGCAUGGAAAAUUUUAAAGAUAAUAAAAAAGCUAUUAACUUCUAUACAGAUUUGGAAAACUACGACAAGUUCAUGUUUGUUUAUCGAACAUUAGGUAUAGCUGUGAAUGAACUCAAUUACAUUUAUUAUACCAAGCCUAAAAUGAGUGUAGUGGAUCAGUUUUUAUUAACGCUUAUGAUUUUAAAACAGAAUAAAACAUACUAUGAGGUUGGCUUAUUUUUCAAUGUAUGUGUGAAACAAGUUGCUAAUAUUUUUAUAACCUGGAUCAAGUUUAUGAGUCUGCAAUGGUCUGAGGUAUCGCAGUGGCCAUCAAGAGAAUUGGUAGACUUUUUUACACCCCAUGAUUUUCGCAAGAAAUUUCGCUUCACAAAAGGAAUCGUUGAUGGCACUGAAAUUCAGAUUCAAAAACCUAACGUACCAACUACACAGCAAUGUACUUUCUCAACAUACAAAAAUAAACCUACGGCUAAGACAAUAAUUUGUGCAUCACCAGGAGGAUUAUAA